AUGCUUCCUACUCGCACCCUCUUUAAUCAAGCUCGCUUGACCCUUUUCACCCGAGCUGGUUGCGGGCUGUGCGACACGGCAAAACAUACGGUGGUUCAACUGCAGAAACGUCGGCCUUUCGAAUACGUGGAGGAAGACAUUCAGGAACCCGGAAAUAAGGCAUGGAAGGAUGUCUAUGAUUACGACGUGCCUGUUCUCCAUGUGCAAUCAGUGAACAAUGGACUGCCAAAGGAGGCCGAACUCUCCGAUGCACGGAAACUAUUCCAUCGAUGGACCGAGCAGGAAGUUGAAAAGUUGGUGGAUGAGGCAGAGAAAUGA